GAGGUUGUGAGCCUAUUUAAGGAGUGCGCUGGGUCCCGGGCGGCUCAUAAGCGCCGGAAAAAAAACUGUCCUGCUUCUCGGAGUGAAUCUGAGUCCCACCUGCAACCAUGACCAACACUGUUUCCCUUAUCGUCCUGAUGGCGGUCUUCUGCGCCGUGUCCGCUGUUCCACUCAAUCAGCCUGGACAGGCGCAGGACUCUCUCCACAGCGAGUCGCCCCAGUCGGCCUACCUGGGCCUUCCUUCCGGCUCGGAUGACAUCGUUAGCCCUAUCGACCUCUCGUUCAGCUGUGCCCACCGGAGCCUUGGCUACUACGCUGACAUCGCUAAUGAGUGCAAGAUCUUCCACGUCUGCAACCCCGUUCUACUGAGCGACGGACAGGUGGCCAUGAUGCAGUACAGCUUCGUGUGCCCGAACACCACCAUGUUCGACCAGCAGUCCCUGACCUGCACCAGUCCCCCGGGAACGGCCCCGUGCCAGCAGGCUGAGAGCUUCUACUACCUGAACCGCCACGUCGGCCAGGGCGGAGUCGGUGGCGUUCCCGUCGGCUCGCCCUCCGAGCAGCCGCGACCGGCAGUCUACCCCGAGCCCAAGCACCAAGCCCCCGUCGAGCAAAGCCCCGAGCCGGUUCCAGCCAAGCCUGCUAGUGACGAUGACAGCGUUGCGAGGCCGGCGUCCUACUACGGCGGCAAGAGCAGCUAGAAAGGACACUCGUGGUCGGUGUGACGCCGCAACCUGUGGGAUAGCCACUCUGCACUCGCUGCAGAGACUCGUGCCAAAUAUGGGAAUCGUGUAAUUGAAAAAAUAAAUGUUUGCCUCGGGCAUUUCUAUCUA